UACCUACAGUGGGUUGACCCCUGAGUCGCCGUGUCUCCCCUUCAAGGAUACAGGUUGCACAAUAGGGACACCAUCACAGGGGACGUCAUGGAUCUCGGAAAGAAGCUCAGCAUUCCAAAAGAUAUUAUGUUGGAGGAGUUAUCACUGCUUUCCAACAGAGGUUCGCGGCUCUUUAAAAUGCGCCAGAGGAGAUCUGACAAAUACACAUUUGAAAGUAUCCAAAAUGAGGCUAACACACUGCUAAAUAAUGAUAUUUUAGCUCAGAAUGCACACAUUGUGGAAAUUAAAGUGGAUGCACCAACCACAGCAACCCAUGGAAAUGCUACAGAAAACACAGUUUCAGUUAAUAAUGCUGACACGACUGCAGAGAAGGUAAAAACCACAACUAUACACAAAUACUAUUACUCUCCUUGGGCGGAGGCAAUCCUUCAUCACCCUGACCUUGCGGAAACUCUCAAACUAAGAAUGCCUGCACUGGACCCACGAGCAGAGCUUCCUGAAUACAAAUGUUUCAACCGAGCUGCCACUCCUUAUGGUGGCUUUGACAAAGCACCCAGAGGAAUCACAUUCAAGCUCCCUCUGGUGGACCUGAACAUGCCCAGAUACCCAGAGCUGCAGGAUCCAGGGUUGAAGCGGCCCACCUUCAACAGGACAGCCCAGGGAUGGGUAUCUGAGGGCACUCAUCUGAUCCUACCCACCAUUACCCUGGAGUCUAUCGAAAUCCCAGAGUCUGAUGAUCUGUAGAUGGUCUGUUGUUAUCUGGCAACACAUUGUUGGCUAUAAAAU